AUGACUCCGGACCUGUGCGGUCCUGAAGAGCUGUCACCUGAAGAGCCGUGCAAAGAAGAAUCUGUAAAUACCUUAGAAAACUCUUCAAGUGAUGAAUACCUUUCCGAUGACAAUGAUGAUCCAGCCUACAUACCCGAGCGUUCAGUGGAGACACCAGUACGUAAUAUUAAUUUGCGCCCACGUAGAGCUGUCCAGUAUGCAGAGAAAGAUGACCAUGAUAUCAAGCAGCUGUGCCAGGAGCUUGAAGAGGCGUACUCCCCUGUAUCAUCAGCGGCGGAGGAGCGCGCGGCCCGGCGGGAGGCGGCGCUCAAGGCCCAGCAGUUCCUGCAUGACGCAGCGGAAGUCGACUCCUGUCUGGCUGACAAGGCCGCCGCACUGGCUUCCGGUGACGUCGGCAAUGAUAGGCAUAGAGCGACGCAACUACUCACACGGCAUAAGGCCGUAGAACUCGAGUUGGACACAUACGCGGCGAUCAUAGCGGAAAUGGGUCACGUGGCGCAAUCCAUGGCUUCCGGUGGUCAUCCUGAGGGCGCCGCGCUGGUCACCAGACAUGACCAGCUGGCUGGCAGUCUGGCUAGGCUGCAGAGACUGGCUGCGAGCAGGCAGGCCGCGCUAAUGGAGAGUGUGUGCAGCGAGUCCUGGCAGCGUCUGGUAGAACAGAUCCAGUCCCGCAGCCAGCGCCUGGCUGCUCCUGGCGAGAUCCACCGCUUCCACCGCGACGCCGGGGACCUGCUGGCGGGGGCCGGGGAGCGCCGGACCCGCCUCGCCCCACCCCCCGCGCCCCUCGACCUGCGCGCCGUCACCGCCCUCUUGAGGGACCACGACGCAGCCGAGAACGAUAUGGUCGCUAUAGACGCGCAGACUUGA